AUGGCUCUGCUAACAAAUAGCCUGCUAGUGUUACCCCAGCAACUCGGUCCGAGUCGAACUCAGUCGCCUGCUACUAUUCAUUUCAACCAUUCACAGCGCUGUCACCAUUUCUGCAUAGCAACAUCCUCUGUUUCGCUUUGGUUCUGUAAUGGGAAACGAAAAUUCAAGAGUCUCAAGACCAAGGCCUCCAAGGCAGAUAAGCAAGAAGUGAAAUUGGAAGAGAAAAAGGAGGAAGAAGAAGAAGAGUUUCAAGUACUGACGGCCAUGAAGAGCGGUUACAAUGACAUAGUAAUCGUGGACACUCCCACAUCAAGAAUGCUGCUCCUCGACUCUUCUCAAAAUGUGCAUAGCAUUGUUUACAAGCACCAGAAAUGGACUGCUUCCUACUGGGAUGAGUUUGCUAGCUUGCCUGCUAUUGUUCCAGAAGGUCCUAUUGCCAUCCUUGGCUUGGGUGGUGGAACAGCUGCUCAUCUGAUGCUCGACUUGUGGCCGUCUCUGCAGCUUGAAGGUUGGGAGAUUGAUCAAAUUUUGAUUGAUAAAGCAAGAGAGUAUUUUGGGCUGUCUGAUCUUGAGAAGCCUACUCAAGCUGGUGGCAUACUUAACGUUCACAUUGGUGAUGCCCUUUCUCCUUCAGUUAAUAUUUCUGGAGGGUAUGCCGGCAUUGUUAUUGACUUGUUUUCUGAUGGAAAAGUUUUGCCACAGUUGCAAGAGGUUACAACUUGGUUGGAAUUAAAGGAUCAGCUGAUGCCCAAUGGCCGUCUAAUGGUGAACUGUGGUGGCGUAGAUGGAGCAUCUGAUGUCAGAGAUGGAACAGCUCAUCCAAAAAAUAUCUCCAGUGACGACAGUUGGCUACAAAAUUCUACUAUCAAGGCAUUAUCUAAAGCAUUCCCUGGACAAGUAAGCUGGAAGAAAAUGCCACAAACUUUUGGUGAAAACUAUCUUGCACUGACGGGACCUUUGCCAGAAUUGACUUCAUGGUCUGCUGCAGUAACAGGUCCCUUGACCGCCAGUGUGAAUCUAUGGAGACCAUGCGAACCUUGUUGUUGA